AUGCUGCUGAUGAAGAAGCGAGACACUAUGGAACACACAGUGAGAGCAAACCCCAACCUCCGCUAUACAAUCCGUCAUACCGUCUAUUGA